CUGCUCUCUCCCGCCUACUCUCCCCUCCUCUCAGUGGCAGCGGUGUGACUGCCUGAGUCAGCUAGCUUUACCAGCCAGUGAGUAAAUGCUGCUUCUGGAGGUGGCAUAUCCUGAAGACAAAUGUGUGUGUGGUGUGUAUGUGGGACUAUGAGUGGACACGGAUGGGAGAGCGACUGAGUCAGAAAGGCUGCAGUCCUCCCAUCACCAUCCUUCGCUCCACUGCUGCCAUGGAGCUCCGGCUGGCUGAAUCACAGCAGAGGCUGCAGAAAGGGCUGCUGAGGUAGAUGCAUGUAUGUUGUAGUAGUAUGGAUAAUGUGUGCAAGAGAAGGUGGUCAUCAGGCUCCCAGGCCAUGGUGUUUCUUCACACACUGGCCUUAUCCUGGGCAGGUGCUGUUGAACCUGCCCCCGAAAUUGACGGACAUCGUCAGACAGCGAUGACACUAAGAGAAAACGCAAUACACAGGUUCAACUGUCAUUCAUAUGGUUGGCACCCCCAUGCACCGGCCUUGCUGACCUGGUACCUGAACGGUGAGCGGCAGAGGUCGUUUUCUCCUAAAGGGGGUCUGGGGAAGACACCCCAAAAAAACUCUGAGGUCAGGAGAUUCGGAGCCAAUCACAACAGCACAUUCUCACUGCGGGCCAGAAAGUGGGACAGAGAGCUGGUGUGUGUGGCAUUGAACCCCAAAUCAGGGGAAAGCUACAAUGCUACAGUUACACUCAAUGUCCAAUUUCAGCCUGAGAUCCUCAGGGUCAGCGCACACUCCAGUGAAAACUCAGACCCCGGCCUUUUGUUAGUCCUCUUUGCAUUGGUUCAGUCCAACCCACCUGCCACCUUCACCUUCACAGACCAGUCUGGUCUGCUAAUGGCUAACACUUCAGACAUCUUCAUCCUCGACUCACACGACUACCCCUGGAUGACCAAUCACACACUAAGAGUCACUCUCAGUAGUCUAUCAGGAAAUAUCUCGCUGAAUGCCAGCAACAGUGUGGGCACCACGCAAAGUAACCUCACACUGGCAGAGUUCCUACAAUCUCGUGUGGAAGUGCCAAUGCUGGGAAUUGUAACUGGAGGGUCCAUGGCCUUCAUGGCCCUUCUCAUCCUCAGCCUGAUAGUCCUCUGCCUCAUGCAAAAACCAACAAGCAAGUCCAUCGAUGAGCCAGUGGAGAUUCUAAUGACUAAGAAAAGUGACUCAACCAAUCUGAAAGCAGAGAGAUCUUACAUCCCCAGAGAGAACAUGUCUCUUCCUUCCAAUAUGCAGCUUAAUGACCUCAGCACUUUGAAAAAGGGUACUUUGCUGCGGUUUCCUGCCAAAUUCAAAAUGAACACCCAUAACCGAAUAACCUGGAGAAAAUUUAACUUUUAAGACUUUUGUACGGUACGGUGCAUGAAACACGUUAUGACUUUGCAGACAAACCAAAUUUGACAGGUACAGCGGAUAUAAAAAGUCUACAGACCCCUGUUCAAAUGUGUUCAGGUUUCUGUGACAUAAAAAAUGAGACCAAACUAAAUCAUUUAAAAACGUUUUGCUCCGUGAGUGUUACCGAUAAUCUCUUCCAACUCAAUUGAAAUGAUUAAAAACUUUUUUUGAAAGGAGCAGUAAUAGUAAACAACUGAACUAUUUGCAUAUCUGUUGUUAACCAAUACAGGCCACUCAUGUGCCUGAGUAGCAUCUGCAACAUUUGCACAAUCGACAUUGUCCCAGAUUAUCGCACUACUAGUCACUUUAAACUGCAUACAUUUCGUGAAGUCUCUGUGCCCUUUGCACAAUGGUCAUUACACCGAACUAUUGUUCUAUUAGUCAUUUCAAACUGCUCUAAUUGCUAGAGUUCUCUGCAUCUUUUUGCACAUUGUCCAAAAAAAAUAAAAAAUGUACCUGCAUUACCACAUUACUGGUAACCUUUUAUUGCUCAUUGACCUUGUUUUUUUUUUGUCUUUAUGUCUCAAAAGUAUUCUCUGCCAAUUGACUGUCUGUUGUCGUAUUAGAGCGGUUCCAACUACCGGAGACAAAUUCCUUGUGUGUUUUUGAAUACUUGGCAAAUAAAGAUGAUUCUGAUUCUGAUUCUGAAAUAAUGUGAUUGCUCAAGUGUGCGCACCCUCUUAUUACUGGGAUGUGGUUUCAGAAUUAACCAGUCCCAUUCAAACAUAUGUUACAUGGGAAUCUGCACACACCUGCCACCAUUUACCAUCUAGUUGGCUUUCAUUACUUUUUUUUUUUUUUUUUCUAGCAGAAGCCUGAAGGUUUUGUGCUAACACUGACUGGUAUUUUGAACUGUUCAUAGUUCCCUCCACCUUGUCUAAGGCCACAGUUCAAAAAGUAAAACAACAAAAAAACAACAACAACAAACAACUAAACACCACCAUGCUUCACUGAAUAGUGUUCUUUUGGUAUUAAACAGUGAUUGUGCCCAAAAAAAAACAUCUUUUGGAAUUAUGCCAAAAUGUUCAACCUUGGUUUAAUUGUGCCAUUACACAUUUCCCCUCACGUGUUUGUGAUACUUUAUUAUGGUCCAAUGUCAGGAAAAGCCUACUAGAACAUCUGAAACAUAUUCAAAGCCGAUUUAAAUGGUGGCAGGUGUGUUGAAUGUGACUGGUUAAUUCAGAACACAGCCACAUCUCAUAGUAUAAGAGGGUGUGCACAUUUGUGCAACCACAUUAUUUAAGUUAUUUAUUUUUAUUUGCCCUCAAACACUGCAUCUUGCUCACACUUUUUAUAUUUCAUCCAUUGCUCCAAUACCCCUGCAUUGCUCUC